AUGAUUUUUCGGCAAGUUAUUCAAUGCUGGUCGCAAAUACCCACUCCAAAGAAGAAUAGUUUCGAACACGAAAUAGUUGGCUGCAAAUCAAAAUUUAUUGACGAAGUCAAAGAUAAUCCAAAUAUGCCUAUUGCUAAAACUACAGCCAUUCGACGAACACUUGAAAACAUCUCGGAUAAAUUUGAUAAAAUUGCAAAGGAGCUAAUACCUGGAAGUCUGGAUUGGCCAACUAUUGUUUAUGUCGGUAAAGUAUAUGACCAGACUGAAACAUUCUCAAAUGAUCUCGAUUCCUUGUUCGACAUUGUAAAUUCAACCUUGUACGAAGCAAAGCUUAAAUUAAAAAAUGAAAUCGCUAAGGCAGAAAAAACAAAUGACGAGGAAGAUUGGAUUGCUGUGGAGAUGGCUGCCUAUGAAUUUAUUAAAACUUCAACUGCUGCAGUGUUUUUUGAUGAGGAAUACCAGUUGGCUAAAAAUUCAUAUCUUACUUACCUUUUCAAAGGACGUAUGGUUUUGAAAAUAAAUGGAGAAGGGCAUUGA